AUGCGACGUUCUGGUUACCAAUGGUGCACUACCUCUACGACGAGGACUCAGAGAAAGGAUUCGGUCGUCUCCGGAGAUGAAAAUGGACUCGCCCGUGUAUACCAAGCCUCGAUUGCUGCAUCAACCGUGGUUCCAAAUAUUCCUGUGGAGGUGCAGGACACCGUCACUCCCGACUCGCUGCGACCUCCACGUCAUGUCCGCUGCACGAUCGAUGGGCUAGACUUGGCCGUCGACGGUUGGAGGAUAUCCUCGGCUGUAGGGCAUGCCAGCCUUUCCGGGGAGAACCGAUCUGGUCGUCCACGGAGCUUAGGGUUCAGUUUUUAUGUUAUAAUAUAUACCUAG